CAAUUCCAGAGACGCCCUUUCCAACACGUAUUCGCCAUCUUUUUCUCCCCAUGUGGUAAAGGGCGUACUUGGCAAUUCGUUUGUGGGACUGACGUCACCUAGCCAAAUGCGCCUUAAGAACUGUUAAACAAGCGCGACCACGUUUCUCUUGCACUUUUUGGACUCCAAAAGUAGAUGCUGUGACCGUCAUCUCCAUCUCGACCAUAAAAUUCCUCCAAAAAUUAGAUUGGAUCGCGUGGUGCAGAAGUCAGCAUGGGGAAACUUCCAUCAGCAAGCAGGUUCCAUCCUGCGAAAUACACCGUCUCAAGCUUCCUAGCCUCCUUCGGCGGGUUGUUACUGGGCAUCGAUACCAGCAUCAUCGGCCCGGUCACUGUCAUGGACAGCUUCACUGGUCAGUUCGGUCACCCUUCUGCUGCUGUGCACGGUAUCAUCGUGUCAUCCAUCCUGCUCUGUGCUGCCGCCGGGUCGUGCUUCGCUGGCCGCCCCGCCGAUGCCCUGGGUCGUCCUCGCGCCAUGGCCCUCGGAGCCACACUAUUUACUCUCGGAGUUGCCCUCCAGGCCGGUGCCGUCAACCUCGUCAUGUUCUCUCUCGGCCGUGUCGUCGAAGGAUUCGGCGAGGGCCUAUACUUCAGCCCGCAGACCGUCUAUAUCUGCGAGAUAGCUCCACCCCGUGUCCGCGGUGCCUUGACCACGCUCCCGCAGUUCAUGACUUGCGCAGGGCUGGUCGUCGGCUACUUCCUCAGCUACGGAACGGUUAAUAUCCCCGGGUCGCUCUCCUGGCGGCUGCCCUUCAUCAUCCUUGCCGCGCUGAGCGUCGCACAUGUCUCAGCAUCUUUACUCCUCCUGCCCGAGUCCCCACGCUGGCUGGCAUUGCGUGGUCGCCAUGCCAAGGCGGCGAAAACGUGGGAGACUUUGCAAGUCAAGCCCGAGGAUCGAGGUAUCGAAGAGAAUGCUCCCACUGCUGCUGAUGCUGGUGUUGUUAGAGAAUUGCCGGAACAAGAAAAGUCAGAAGCCAAGCACGCAGGCCUUCGGGAUCUGUGGGCUCCUGACGUACGGAAGCAAACGUUUCUCGCGAUUUUCUUCAUGGGAUCUUUGCAGCUCUGCGGAAUUGAUGCUGUGCUUUACUAUGCUCCUCUACUCUUUCAGCAAGCAGGCCUUCAAAGUUCCCAAGCUUCAUUCUUGGCCUCUGGAGUAUCUGCCAUUGUCAUCGUCCUGGCCAGUAUUCCAGCGUCGUUGUAUGCAGACAAAUGGGGCCGCAGAACAAGCACCUUGAUUGGCGGCGUCAUCCUCACCGGCACUAUGAUACUUAUGGGUGCACUCUACGCUGGCGGGGCGGUCCACCCAACGUAUGGCGCGGGAAGGUGGGUCGUUAUAGUCUGUAUCUACAUCUAUUGCGUCAACUUCGCAACAACAUGGGCAAUCAGUGUCAAGGUGUGGGCGCCAGAGAUUCAGCCGCAGCAUACAAGGUCCAUGGGUAUGAGUUUGGCAGCCGGCUCAAAUUGGAUUUGCAAUUGGUUCGUCACGUUCGUAUGCCCGAUUCUUCUGGAUAAGAGCGCAUCGGCAGCGUACUUCUUGUUCGGUGCUUGCGCUGGAGUGGCAACGAUUGUAUGCUUUUUUUUCAUGAUUGAGACGAACGGGAAGUCCCUCGAUGAGAUUGAGCAAGCGGUCCACAAGCGCAAGACGGCACAUAGUGGACGACUGGGAAACUUCUUCAGCCCAUGUCGCAGGCAGGAAAUGAAAGCUGGCUGAGUGGGAAUCGGGUAGUUUGUUGUUGCGGUAGUAACGUAUACUUCUUUCGAAGAGUGGAGUAGGAGCGUCUGUUCAUACAUGAGCGAGAAUAGACGGUUCUUCGUGGAUAAAAGGUACUAUGGCAGUAUCGGGAAAUAAAGUUUAAUGUGAGGAAGGCAGUCAGUUCGCUGAAAAGGUCAUGUGUGCGAAGGGUUGAAUAGGAGAUACCCUUGAGCGUGUUGCCGCCACUUAAGGCUCAUUUAAUGUGCGGGAGGAAUCAAGCGCAUUGCAUAUUCAGUGUAUAAACAAAAUCAUCAGGACUCGAUAAGUCAC